AUGCCAUAUCGUCUCCAGUCUGGCACCGCACGUCCACGACCCGAUGCAUGGGUGCAGCUCCAAAUCUCGCAAGACAGGGCGCAGAGCCCGGAGCAAUCUCACGACAUGGGCAGAGACCUGUACCUUCGACUUGGCUAUAGCGCUUACGGCCUCCGUCACGCGCCGUCACCCGAUCAGGCUCCUCCACAAGGGCGCUGCCCGCUCCCAUUCCCAGGCCCGUUUCUGACAUAUCACGAACCCAGUCGUGCGUUCCCACCGGCCACCUUCAGAUCAACCGUCGUCCCUGCAUCAGAAUACAACCUCUAUGCAUCAGACGGCCUCCUGGCGAACGCAACUGCCAUCGAUGAUCAAUGA